UUGUAUAUUAUUGACUACGAUUUACUGUCAGCUGCUGCCGCAGUUUCGAUAAAAGUCAAUAUUUUUUGGGUGGAUUUCAUAUUCAUAUAUUAAUUUAACAAUAACUUAAUCGCUACACAUAAAAUGUCGACGGCAGGGGAACAGUUAACGCUAGCUCGGGACAUUAAAAGAGCUAUAGAAUUGCUAGAAAAGCUACAACAAAGUGGAGAGGUGCCUGCAACUAAACUAGCUGCAUUACAAAAAGUGCUUCAAAGUGAUUUUCUGAAUGCUGUGAGGGAAGUGUAUGAGCAUGUUUAUGAAACAGUGGAUAUUCAAGGUUCAGCUGAUAUCCGUGCUUCAGCAACAGCAAAGGCAACAGUGGCUGCGUUUGCCGCAGCUGAAGGCCAUGCCCAUCCAAGAGUUGUAGAACUACCUAAAACCGAAGAAGGUCUAGGGUUUAACGUUAUGGGUGGAAAAGAGCAAAAUUCACCCAUUUAUAUUUCUAGAAUCAUUCCAGGCGGUGUUGCCGAUCGCCAUGGCGGACUGAAGAGAGGGGAUCAAUUGCUCUCUGUCAAUGGCGUAUCAGUGGAAGGUGAAAACCAUGAAAAAGCUGUGGAAUUACUGAAACAAGCUGUGGGGUCUGUAAAACUAGUAGUGCGCUAUACACCAAAAGUAUUGGAAGAGAUGGAGAUGAGAUUUGAUAAACAGAGAACAGCUAGACGGCGCACAAAUUUUAACUAGACUAUUAUAGUUGCAUUCAACAAGUUAUCAUAAUAUUUUUUAAAUGCUAAAAUUUAUAUUGAGUAUUAUAAUUUUACAAUUAUUGUGUAGGUUGUUAAGUGACACAGAUAUUUAAUUGAUUAUGUAAGAUGAAAAAGAUAUGAUGGAAUGAACCUUGUGUUAAUAUAUACAUAUAUUGUUAAAACUAGUGAUAACAAAAUUAUUUUAAAUUAGGAUGUAGUUUCCACCAAACUUCUUCAUAUUAUAGGUAAAUAUCUAUCUAUAUUUAGGUUUCUAUGACCUGCAGUAAUAUAUUGAAUAAUUAUGACAGGUACAUGUUUUAGAAUAAAUCUAUAUUAAAAUAAAUAAACUAUAAAAAAUAUA